AUGACGGAAAAAGAUAGGAAGGCAGUGAUUGAGAUGGUGAUGGAUGUGUCUGGAGCGCAGCAUGCUGUCGAAAUGGGUCUCGAUGUUCUCGGGCAAACAAAUUUUUUUGGUCUCGAAGACAAAUUCUUCGAGGUCCAAAUUGUCACGCAUUUCAGAGUCAUGGAACCCAGAGAAGUCAAUUUUGAUGUGGAUGAAUACGAAAAACUGGAUAGACAUCAUCGGCUAGAUGCGCUGUGGAAAAACGUGGAGCGAAUAGCUCAUAGCGGAUCUGAAGUUUGUGAUUUAUUUUCUUAUUUUAUUAACAUAAUAAAAAUACAGGAGUGA